UCGCGUUAUUAGCCUAGUUAUAUCAGUGAAAAUUCGGAAUUCCUAGUGGCAUUGCACGGAGUAAUAAGCAAAACAGAGCUACAAUGACAGUGGCGUCUUGGCGGUGUAUGAUACUAACGUACUUCAUAAUUGCGAUUAUUAUUACCACAGAGGUGUCUGUUAGCGGAAGUGAAAAGUUGCAAAGCGUCAAUUAUGCACUUCGUGUAUUUAGAAAAUCUAAUAAUGUGAGUUUAGAGUGUUCAACAGAUCUAAAAAUUGUGGGAGACGCGCUGAAAAACAAUGAAACUUGGGCACAGAAAAUGCUUGAUGCCUGGGGAAAAUUUCCUUCUGGUAUACUAUAUGGUCAUCGUAUGGAGAUGGGAAAUUUCGAUGAAUGCCUUGACAUAAGCUCACCGUUGCUUGGUAAAUAUUGUCAGUCCAAUGUUCCCUUCGAAUCAACGGCAUUUGGUUUUAAUGCUGAAAUACAAUUAGGCAUAUGUUUCCCAAACAAAUGUAGUACAGAUGACUUUGAUAAGCUUUUGAAAGAGUUUUUAGCAGAUUCAUAUAAAUUAAGUUUUAAUACAACAACCAACUUGGUGAUCACAUCCACCUGUUCAACGCGCGAACAUGUUGAACUUGAGCCUCUCGAUUGGGUUGCAAUUACACUUUUCAUUACCUUGGCACUUCUGAUGGCGCUGAGUACUAUCUUUGACUACCUUUAUAGUUACAAAGGAAAACAACCCAGCAAGCUAUUAGUUUCUUUUUCCAUCCCUAAAAAUCUGCAACAAUUAUUAAAAAUUCAGCAUGGACACAUACCCUGUCUUCAUGGCAUACGAUGUCUUUCACUGUUUUGGAUUAUAUUCUUGCAUUGUUACCUGUAUCGCAUAUUGUCGCCAAAUAUUAAUUCAGUCGAUAUACAAAGUUGGGAACAAACGCCGUUUUCGAUGAUUGAACAGAGCGGCUCAAUUGCUGUGGACUCAUUUUUCUUUCUUAGUGGACUACUACUAAUUAUGGGCUCCUUCAGAGAAAUGGAAAAAAAUCAUGGAAAACUCAACGUACCAAUGAUGUAUAUUCACCGUUAUCUGCGCCUUACUCCGAUUCUUGCUGUAGCCGUUUUAUUUUAUAUGUCUUUAUUUAAUUAUAUGGACAAUGGACCCAUUUGGAAGAGCCUUACUGUUGCAAAUAAAAUAUGUGACAAUACUUGGUGGGCCACGUUAUUGUAUGUGCAAAAUUAUGUAGCGACUGGCAAAAUGUGCCUUGGUCAUAGCUGGUAUUUGGCUGUGGAUACUCAAUUAUUUUUUUUAUCGCCUAUAUUUUUAAUUAUCAUCUGGAAAUGGAGGAAAUUGGGUAUAUGGAUAACAAUAAUUGUUGGUUUAUUGCUCGUUGCUUGUUUAUUUACGGUUAUUGUGAUAAAUAAAUACACAAUUUACGACAUUGCACGCAACUAUGGCACCGCAAGCGAGGCAAUGCCAAAAAUAUACUACUCAACACACACCAGAUGCUCAGCUUGGUUGAUCGGUCUAUUAUUUGGCUGCUAUUUACAUUACAAUAAUGGACGCAUUGGUAAAAUAUCAAAAUGGUGGGUCGGCAUUGGUUGGGUUAUAUCGCUCUGCACGCUCUUCACAUUGGUAUUUGCUUGGUAUCCAAAUACACUGCCCACCCGAAACGAUCCCAGUGUACUGGAAAGUGCUUUUUAUUUUGCUGGUGGGCGCGUAGCGUGGCCUUUAGCGUUAUGCUGGGUAGUAUAUGGAUGUAUAAAUGGCUAUGGUGGUCCGAUAAAUAGUUUUCUUUCCUGGACUUUGUGGCAACCUAUUUCGAAGCUUUCGUAUAGUAUGUACAUUUGGCAUUUGAUUGUGAUUACUAUCAAUGCGUCACGCAUUAAAACCAAUACCUACUUUUCUGAUUAUGAUGUGACUUUGAGCUUUUGGAGUAAUUUUGGUGUAACACUACUAGUAUCUGUUUGCGUUUAUUUGGCUGUUGAGGCCCCGGUGGCCGAUAUAGAAAGUUAUUUACUACCACGGAAUAAGCCAAAGACUGCGAAACAAUCCACAUUGCCCACUGCAACCACUAUAUCUCAACAGAAUUUAUGUGAAUAAUAUUGGAGAUAGAUGUCCCAAUUUGUAAAAUACUAUAACUGUUAAUUCUAUAAUCAAUACAUGUAUACAUAUGUUGUAUGUACUGACUAUAUUGUUAUUUUAUAAGUACAAUUUCUGUAACUAUAAAGUAUAGUAGAGUAUUCAAUAAUCAAUAAUUCUGAUUUCAAACAAAUUAAAAAGUAAAGACUCAUUUUUGAUCCUCGCAUAUAGUUUAUUCAUUGCAAGUAGUAAACUCAUGGAAUCAAUCACUUGAAAA